UAUCACCCAAACAGACAUCUUUAUUUAUAAACCGCCAUCCUCACUUCCAACAAGCAAGAUAUUCAAAUGGCACUUGACAAGGUCAAACACAUCGUUUCCUCCACACCCGUUGUUGUCUUCAGUAAAACCUAUUGUGGUUAUUGCAAAAGGGUUAAGCAGCUGCUUACUCAGUUAGGAGCUUCUUACAAGAUCAUUGAAUUGGAUGAAGAAAGUGAUGGUGGUGAAAUGCAAGCAGCUCUGGUUGAGUGGACUGGGCAGAGGACCGUGCCUAAUGUGUUCAUUGGAGAUGCACAUAUUGCGGACUGUGAUUCUGUUAUGGCCAAGCAUCAAGCAGGUCAGCUCGUGAAUCUCCUCACAGAUGUCGGCGCCAUUAAUGUCAAUCUCAAUGCCUGAGUCCAAACCUUUAUGAAGAGAAUAAAUAGCAGUCUUCCUUCCAAUGAUAGCCAAUAGUCAUGUCUACUCAACUGGUGAAAUAAUGAUACUACAGUUUGGUAUUUCUGAGACUGCGAAUGCUACUUUAGUAUUGGUGCUGUUA